UUUUUCUAUUACAGCAUCGUUGUAUGAUUUCAGCACCGCAUAGAGAUACACCAUGGUUCUCAGCAUCUCGCGUUCUUUAAGUCGCUCAUACGCACGUUUACCAGUGAUUUCUCAGCGAUGGGGUAGCUCUAUAUCGCAGCGUCCGGGAUCUGACCGAGUUCGAUUUCCAGGCGCUGUCAACAGCAAAUUCACCACCGAUAUGGAGUUCAUCAACCCCACCGAAGUGUCCAACAUCCCUACUUACCGAGUCAUGGACUCCGACGGAGUCCUGGUUGAUAAGACGCGCAAGCCCCUCGAUAUACCGAAGGAAAAGAUACUGGAAUGGUACAAGAAUAUGUUGACGGUGAGCGUCAUGGAUGUCAUAAUGUUCGAGGCUCAGAGACAAGGCCGAUUGAGUUUUUACAUGGUUUCUGCCGGAGAAGAGGGUAUCAGCGUUGGCUCCGCAGCUGCAUUGACUCCCGACGACGUGGUUUUCGCUCAGUAUCGUGAGACUGGAGUCUUUCAACAGCGAGGAUUCACUCUGAAAGAGUUUAUGAGCCAACUCUUUGCCAAUCAGCACGACAAUAGCCGAGGCCGCAAUAUGCCCGUUCACUAUGGCAAAAGUUAUCCCAGAACUCACACAAUUUCCUCAACUCUCGCAACUCAAAUACCGCAAGCCUCUGGCGCUGCCUAUGCUUUGAAGCUGCAAACCCUCCAGAACCCUGAUAUACCGCCUCGGAUCGUAGCCUGCUACUUUGGCGAAGGUGCUGCUAGCGAAGGCGAUUUCCAUGCAGGUCUCAACAUAGCCGCGACACGAUCCUGCCCCGUAGUCUUCAUAUGUCGCAAUAAUGGAUAUGCCAUUUCAACUCCGACUCUGGAGCAGUAUCGCGGUGAUGGCAUCGCGAGUCGUGGAAUUGGUUACGGAAUCGACACCAUCCGCGUUGAUGGCAAUGACAUAUUUGCGGUCUACGAAGCGAUGCGUGAGGCACGGCGAAUCGCUCUGACUGACGGCGGCAAGCCAGUCCUCAUUGAGGCGAUGAGCUAUCGUGUCUCACACCAUAGCACCAGUGACGAUAGCUUUGCCUAUCGAGCCCGAGUUGAGGUGGAGGACUGGAAGCGUCGCGACAACCCGAUUAUCCGUCUGCGGAAGUGGUUGGAGAACGAAGGGAUCUGGAACGAGGAUAUUGAGCGAGACACGCGCGAUCAGCUUCGCAAAGCAGUGCUGAAAGAGUUCGGCGAGGCCGAGCGUGAGUUGAAACCACCACUUCGGUCUGCCUUUGAGGGGGUGUAUGAGGAGGUCACCGAGGAGGCGCAAGAGCAGAUGAAAGACCUGAAGCGUAUUCUGGAGACUUAUCCUGAGGAGUAUGACAUUCGGCAAUUCAAGGACGGGAUCAACGGACUGUAACGUGCGUUUAAUUGAUGAUUUGCGCAUUAGGUGAUAAUUAUACAUCUAGACAAAUAAUCAAACAAUCAAAC